CCGCCGCGGAAGGCGGAAAAGGUUGUAGGUAAUUUUCUUCAACGCUAGCAUGUCCCGAGCUUAAGGUCAAACUGUUGAGAGAAACCCGCUUCGGUGAAGGAAAACCCACGCCGAGGAGUAACAAAAAUCAUUCCAGCAAACGGCAUGUAAAGAUGGUCCAGUAAAAAAGGAACGCUGAGGUAAACGUGAAUACUAACGGGCGCGAAACGAAAAAAAGGAUAUCGUGUCUAGGCCAAAAAAAAUGAAUGGAUCAACGAACAAAAGCGAAGGAGCGGGUCGUGCAGACGAUGAGCAGGUUCCGAUGGUGACGGUCACGUUGAUCAGUGACGAUUCCGAUGUGGAGAUGACCGAUAUUUCCGUGCGGGGCCGCGCAAUUUCUGAAUCAGACGAAGGACGACGUACCAGCAGGCGCAAGAAAACGAAGGUUGAGUACGGUGACAAUGGUGCGAAAACGGGUCCCCGUCCAGGGAGUGCUUGCGAAGGAGGGUCGGAACAAGUGACCGGCGACCGGGUCGAAUCAUCAUCGCAGCCACCGACACCGCAAAAGGCGAAGAGGCGGGAUGCGGAGGAAAAACCCUCGUCCACCGAGCCCGACCCGAACCCGUACAAGGAACAUCUGACCGGGCUGGACGGGGCAGCGUUUCAAUCGCGUUUGCCGGUGGAAAAAAUGACCGCAGCGGAGGCUGUAUGCUUUCCGGAAAUCAUUAAGCAUGGCCUGCUUACGCAGCGUGUGUUUCUGAACGUGCGUAAUCGCAUCCUGCACAUGUGGAUCGAGGACCCGACGGUGCAGCUGACCGCGGAGAACGCCCUCAAACGGAUGGAGCCCCCGUUCGACAGUGAUCCGGCGCUGGUGGCCAAGGUGCACGCGUUCCUCGAGCGCCAUGGGUUUAUAAAUUUUGGCAUUUUCAAACGACUCAAACCACUGCCGGUGAAAAAGAUCGCCAAGGUGAUCGUAAUCGGUGCGGGCAUUUCGGGUCUUGCGGCUGCGCAACAGUUGCAGCACUUUGGCUUUGAAGUGACCGUAUUGGAGGCACGCGAUCGGGUUGGCGGGCGUAUUGCUACCUUCCGCAAGAACGCGUACACGGCUGAUCUUGGCGCGAUGGUAGUUACCGGGAUCUGGGGAAAUCCGCUCACAACCAUCAGCAAGCAGACGGGCAUGGAGAUGUGCCCGAUCAAGAGCGCCUGCCCGCUGUACGGGGCCGGUGGGAAACCGGUGCCGAAACACAAGGACGACAUGGUCGAGCGGGAGUUUAAUCGCCUGCUGGAGGCCACCAGCUACCUUUCACAUCAGCUCGAUUUCAACUACGCCGGAAACCAUCCCGUUUCGCUCGGCCAAGCGCUCGAGUGGAUCAUAAAACUGCAGGAAAAACACGUCAAAGAGAAACAGGUGCAACAUCUCUCGGGGAUCAUUGCGCUGCAAAAGAAACUGAUCGAAAACCAGACCCGCCUCGAGGAAACGCUCCAGCGGAUACGGGAGCUAAAGGUUAAGACACAAGAGUUGAUCGAUUCGAAACCACCGAGGGGUGCGACCCCGAGUAGUGCGAAGGAAGGCGGUGGCCAGGAUACGUCGGCAACCGAUGCGACCAGCGCAAAGUAUUUCGAGCACGAGUUUCAGCUGCGUGUCACCAUCCGCGAGGAACAGCUAGCCUGGAAGGAGGUGGAGCGAUUACGAGCGUCCCAGGCCGAGAUCGAGGUGAAGGUGAAAGAGCUGGAAAACGAGCAAGUGUCCGAGGUGUACCUUUCGUCGAAGGACCGACAGAUUCUCGACUGGCACUUUGCGAACCUGGAGUUUGCGAAUGCGACCCCGCUGAACAAUCUGUCGCUGAAACACUGGGACCAGGAUGACGACUUUGAGUUUAUCGGAAGCCACACGACGGUUAAAAAUGGGUACUCUUGUGUGCCGAUUGCGUUGACGGAAAAUCUGGACGUGCGGGUCAACACGGCGGUCACCUGUAUUCGCUAUCGCCCCGGCGGGGUGGAAGUGACGGCCGAUCUGAAGUCCAACAGCUCGUCAGCCUGCUACAAGGCCGAUCUGGUCCUGUGUACGCUAACACUCGGCAUACUGAAGGUGGCCAUCGCGGACGAUUCACGCCAGCUAAAUACGGUCCGUUUCGAUCCUCCGCUCCCCGAGUGGAAACAGUCCGCCAUCCGAAGGCUCGGCUUCGGAAACCUGAACAAAGUGGUCCUCUGCUUCGAGCGUAUCUUUUGGGAUGCCAAUACGAACCUCUUCGGGCACGUCGGCAGUACGACCGCCAGCCGGGGUGAACUUUUCCUCUUCUGGCAUAUCUCACAGUCGCCCAUCUUGCUUGCCCUAGUCGCUGGCCAGUCGGCUGCCAUCAUGGAGAACGUCUCGGACGACGUGAUCGUUGGGCGGUGCAUCGCGGUACUGAAGGGAAUCUUCGGGAAUUCGGUCGUCCCACAGCCGAAAGAAACCGUCGUUACCCGAUGGAGGGCGGACCCGUGGUCCCGUGGGUCCUACAGUUUCGUCUCGGUCGGCUCGUCCGGCAGCGACUACGAUCUCUUGGCUGCCCCGGUCACCCCGAAGGUCUCACAGGAAGCAGGCGGCAGCAGCAAGCAGCAAACCCAUGACAACAACAACGGUGGAACCGGCGUUUCAGAUUACGACAACGAGGACGACGACAACGACGAAAGCAAACCGGUCGGCAUUCCGCGGCUCUUCUUCGCCGGUGAGCACACGAUCCGUAACUAUCCGGCCACGGUGCACGGGGCGCUACUGAGCGGGUUGCGGGAAGCGGGACGAAUCGCCGACUACUACCUUGGCUUCCCCAAUACCUACCCGGCGGAACCGAAGGACGAGCCGAAAAAGUAGAGCAGAAGCGAAUCUGUAUGGAACGGGACGGCUUUAUCCGUAGCCGGAAACACACGCACAUAAAAACGACCCGGAAUGGUGGAGAGGAAAGUUUCCGCGCCAUUCCCCAUUCACUCACCCACUCGCCUGUCAUGCUUUGCCUCGUGGUGGUGCAUUCCUGGCAGAUGGAUGCGCGAUUUCGGUUGAAAAUAUCCUUUGUCAAGACUUUUUGAAAAACAAAAAAUCCGUUGCACCUGAAGCAAACAAAACGGUAGAAAAAGAUCGUAUCGGUGUGCAUAAUUUGUGUGUA